AUGGCUGAAACAUUUAUUUUUCCUGGUGUAAAAGAACGUUUAGAUCGUUUACAUGGAUUUUCACCAGCGGCUGUUGUGGAAAAAUUUCAACAACGCUUAAAAGCCAUUAAAUCAAUUGAUCGAUAUAGUGUGCUCAUUCAGGCUAUUCAAAUGAACGAUACGAUCAAAUCACCGGAGGAUAUGGUUUGUUGGAUAAAAAGUUCUGUACAUAUAUCAAAUCAACAAGGUUAUACCAAUAUAUUAUCGAUUGCUGAGCAGCAAAGUCAAAGAUGA